GCGGCCUGCAGCUUGACACCUUUCUCAUUCCACUUUUCGUUUUCGUCUCCAUAUUGCCCGUUUCUUAGCCCUCAGCCUGCUCGCCUCACAGGGGCGUUGGUCAUGACGUUUGGUUUUGCGGCUCAGGAGCCUAUAUGAAGCCGCAGCAAGCCCCAUGCGAUUCGCUCUCAGGGGAUGGAAUCGAAUGCCUUUCCAUUGCCAAGAACAUCUACUCCCAAGAAGACCACCGACGCCGAUUUCGAAUCUGUUCAGACUUCGUUACUAUCGUAAGAGCUUCACCUCUCCUAUCUCCGACCUAGCCUAUUACAGACUCCUUACUUGUCUCGAGCUCCUGAGCCCUAGCUGGGAACAUACUGCGCAACCUACCUUGCCGACCCCUGCCCACCAAGCAACCGGUCUAUUUGAUCAAACGAUAUCACACAGCGACUUCAUCACUGCCGUCAACAGCCUGACACUCUAUCCAGCUGGCUAACACCAGUUUUGUUGCUUUGAGGACGUUUAUCCAACUCUUUGCGCUCAAUCUUUUCAACCUCCGCUACUGGCCGCCAGGCUGCAUCUGCCCGGCACCUCCGACCAAGACGGCUGUCAAAGAGUUCGGUGGGGAUACUGUCUUACUCGCGCAGCUAGCUACAGCCAUGUCUCCGUUAACACGCAAGGCUAAGGCUAAGGCCAAGGCCACCACUCUACCAGAGGCGCGCUCCUAGGACAGCAUCAGCAACGCUUCGCCUCGGGGUGCCACUUCUCCCGACUCCUUCAUCGACCUCAACCCCGAGAAUCAGUCCAUGGCUCCCCAUGAUGCAUUACGCAGAGAGCAGAGUACAUCACAUCAACAGCUUCUGCCGCAACCCCCUUCCGCCCUGCUGAAUAGACGCGACCGCCGUCUCAAGACAUCCUAUACCGAACAAAAACAACCUUCGGUAUCCAAAGCAGUCGCCCCGAGGGUUGCGGACAAACUUCGUACUUCGGUCUCUUCAAUCGACUCCUCCCUCUCCGCGACCGACAAUCCACCAUCCAACUCCGACAAGAAAACGCGACGCUGCCCGCAAAUGCCGCGUUCGCAAGCAGCGCGGCAUCGAAGAUCUGCAGACACAGGAGGCCGCCAUCGAUGCCGUGAACCAGUGCCUUAAGGAUCAGUACACUGAGCUGCGCGGCGAAACGACUGGCGAUAUCAGCCCGGCCACGCUUUGGCUCUCGGGGAAUUGGCAUGCUCUAACACUUGAUGGAACUCUUGAAGAAGCCUUUGAACGGACAUCGAGGGAUAGCGCUGAGGAGCUCAAGGAUACGUUGGAGAAGCUCAAGCGGCAGCUUCGCGAUGCUUCUGUAAUGCUCCGCUUGGUUGUCGGCAGUCCAUUAAUCCGCCGCGACAGCUACGUGCGCAUCUUUCAGACCGUUAUUGACCUCAUCUCUGCCGAACGGGUUUUUCUGCAGAUGGAAUCCGUUGAUUUUCAGGAACAUGUCUGCCGCCAGAAGCGCGGCCCUUUUGUUGCCAUCCUGAUAAGCAUGAUUCAGGAUAAUUCUUGCUGCAAGGAUUCCCGCUAG